CUUGGUAACCAAAGUUACUCAUUAACAUGUUAUUCCUGGAAUGAGCUGCAGAGCACAACAAAGAUCAACCUUUGCACAGCACUUCUCUAUGUCACAGGCAAAAGCAGAAGAAAAUGUUAAAGCUCACUUGAAGUAUGUGGGAAGUCGAAGAGAGCAGGUGUAAUCUGAUACCGCUGGGACUCUGAUGACCAGGUCACCAGGACCUGGUUUGACUGCUUCAGAAGGAGUCUGAUUUAUAUUCCAGCUUGUCUCCACCUAUCUGUCAACACCAGCAGGUCACUUGUCCCUCAAUCUUGCCACCUAGUGGAGUUCCAAAGGUUCAGCUCGGAUCCGGCAAAGAUAAACCAGCCAACUACUCCCCUCAUCUGGGGAGUUGCAUUCCCUGCAACAUCUUCCAAUCAUCAUAUUCAACCUUUUACCUACUGGGAAGAAUGUAACACAAAACGGCUGAAAAAGAAAAUAAUGAAAAGCAUGAUUUUGAGUUUUCUACGAGUGUUGCAGAACACAAAGUGACCUAUCCGGGAGAUAUUCUCACAACGAGACGUUUCAUGCAAGAGUUGGUUGACUCAAAGCAAGUGAAAGGCCUAAUUCACCAGGAAAUAAAUAAAUAAAAAAGACUCUGACAGAGAAAUCAUCAGGAAAUGGCAUCAUCAGUAAAUCAAACAUCCAUACCACCACUAACAACUAAUGACACCACAAUAACCCGCAUACCAAAACCUCCCAGUCACAACUGGGAGUUUUUGGUUGGUGUUCUGGCCACAGCCAUCUCCGUCUCCCUUCUCCUCGCCCUUCUCGCCAAAUGUCAGGUGGUCCGACGUUACCUGGCCAGCUACAGGCACACGCGCCUGAGGGAGCCUGAUACCGUUAGCCAUUCUGACUCUUCAGGCAUGGAUGUAGAGUUUGAUAUGCACAGGGGACGAGUGGACCCUCACUGCCUCCCCCCUGUGAGGGAGGAGGAUGACGACGGCUUUAUUGAAGACAACUACAUCCCGGCCAGUGAGAGAGCCCGGGCUGAGAGAGCAGCCAAGGACAUGGAGGAAGACACAGAUGAAGAGAUGGAUGUGAUUGAAUUCAGCAUCACUUAGAGUCUCUGGAUGCAUGUGGAUGGUUGGUUGAACCAGAAACCUCCCAGACACCAUCUCUACUCCAUUGUUUGUCUUUCCAGUUGGUGUGAAUGUUUUUCAAAUUAAUUAUUACACAUGCCUUCUAGUUUGGAAGGUCUGAAUGUGAGCUAUGAAGGACCAUUAAAUUCACAUUGCUGACAGUUUCAAAAUAUUUUAAAGAGCGUGCAAUCAUGUAAAAGUCAAAAUCAGCAAGAGAGAAGCACUGGCUAUCUUGAAACAUUGCAAGAAGCAAAUAUUUAAUCCCCUGAAAUAUUUGGUUGCAUUUCGGGUGGCAAACUAGAGGAACUUAACAAGGGUUUAAAAAAAUAGAUCACAGUACACUAAAAAUGCAUUUCAUGUCACUCAUCUGUCUCUGAAAUCCCACAGCUUCUUAAAUGUUAUCCGGCUGCAUGAACAUUAUUUUCUAUUACACUUUUCCUUCUGCUUAAAUUUCCAAUGUGGCACUUUGCUUGAAAAUUGUCAGGUCAACAGACACUUCAUAAUGUGGCCAUAACCAUGAACAUUGUCUUCUGCUAUUUUUGUCUGUGUUGUUUUUUUUAUUUUUGAAUAGCUGAAAUACAUGUUAAGGCUUCUAUUUUUUA